AUGCUAAAAAUGAAACAAAUGUAGAUGAGUUUAAUCAAAUCGAAUCGUUACCAGCUGCUAAUACUGUUGGUCUUCUUCAAAAAGUUCGUGCAGCAAUCUACUUAUUAUUAGAUGAAUUAUGGUCCGCACCAUCAGAUUUAGUUCGAAUCGCAACAAUAUUGGACCUCCGAUUUAAAGACUUUAAAUGGGAUGACACAUUUGAAGAAAAAGAAAAGUCUCUUGAAUUACUACAAAAUCUAUAUGAUUCCAUGAAAGAGGAUUCCCAACCCAGAGAUAUGAGUAUGCAACAACAAACGACUUUUUAUGAUUAUUCAGAUGAUGAUGAUUUUUUUAGAGCUUUAGAAAAUAAAGUGGGUGGUAGUGCGUCUGUAGCUGCGGAGGAUGAAGUUUUACGUUAUAUAGGAAUUCGACAGAUUAAUAUUGAUCAGGAUCCUUUAAA